AUGACGGCCUUACCUCUUUACAUUUGGCAGCAAACAGUGGUCAUCCUGACGUCACCAAAUAUCUCAUCAGUCAAGGAGCCGAGAUACCUGGUCAGGCUAGGAGCUGAUGUUGAUAAGGCUAAUGACAAAGGGUGGUCAGCCUUAUACCUUGCCGCAGCUGCUGGUCAUGUUCGUGUUUCAAUUAUUUUGCUUUCAAGUCAGCAAGCUGAGCUGGCCAAAGCAAAUAUAAUUCAUUGGACGGAGUUUCAUACCGCUGCAGAGAGAGGCGACCUUGAUGCCAUGAAAGAUCAAGUCAGUCAAGGAAUCGAGCUGGAUAAAGCUGGUUCUUUUGGUUGGACAGCCUUACACAUUGCAGCAAGUAAUGGACACCUUGAUAUGACAAAAUAUUUGCUAAGUCAAGGAGCUGAUGUGAAUUCUAGCAACGACUUUGGUAGGUGUGCCUUGCAUAGUGCCUCCGAGAAAGGGAACUUGGAUGUCGUAGAAUAUCUGAUCAGAGAAGGGGCUGAUAUGAACAAAGGAAAUAACUCUGGAGUGACUGCCCUACAUUUUGCAUCAGAGUCUGGCCAUUUAGAUAUCGUCAAAUCCCUAAUCAGCCAUGGAGUUGAGGCAGAUAAUUGCGACGUAGAUGGAAUCACUGCUCUCCAGUAUGCUAUAUAUGCUAGUCAUAUCGACAUUACGAAGUAUCUGCUUAGCCAAGGCUCUGAACUGAAUAAGAGAAGUGUGCAUGACUCUGUCGUCUUAACAUCUGAUGGACAGUAUGGUCACUAUGAUGUUGUGCGAUGUAUGCAGAUCGGUGUAUGUCGUGCAGAUAGCAGACUUGUUGAUUCUCUCACUGUCUUUAGAGGUGCUCCAGAAAGUGAUCUUGGUAGAAGCAAAUAUCAAGAUGGCGAUGAGAAUAAGACAGGUCAAGGUGGAAUGGUAAUUGUGCGUGUGCAAACUAUGUCGUCUGAUCUUGACAUUCAAGAUAUACUUGCAAGUCAAGGAGGCAGAACAGUUGAUCGCACAUCAUUACAGUAUGCUGUAGAAGGUGGCUGUCUUGCAGUUGUUCGGUAUCUGAUCAGUGAAGGAGCUGAUGUGAACGAAAGCAACAAUGUUGGCUGGACUGCUCUACACUUUGCUGCGCAAAAGGGGUGUCUUGAUAUUGUAGAUUAUCUACUUGGACAAGGAGCUGAAGUAGCUAAAGGGGAUAUUGAUGAUAUCUCGCCUUUGCAUGUUGCUGCAUUUGUUGGCCAUUGUGACGUUACCGACCAUUUGCUUAGGCGAGGAGCAGAGGUCAACGGAGCCACCAAGGAGAAAGGUUCUACAGCCCUACAUGUUGGAGUGCAGAAUGGUCAUCUCGAUAUCGCGAAAGGCUUGCUCACCCACGGAGCCGACAUUGAUGCGACAGACAAUGACGGUUGGACUCCCUUGCACAUUGCUGCUCAGAAUGGUCACAUCGAUGUCGUGAAGUGUAUACUUCAGCAACUUGCAGAUGUUAGCAAGGUUACCAAGAAGGGAUCAUCUGCAUUGCAUUUGUCUGCUGCAAAUGGACAUACCGAUGUCACAAGAUAUCUUUUGGAGCACGGAGCUGAAGUUAAUCUGAUCAAACCUGAUCAGACUGCGUUGCCACUCGCUGCAAAACAAGACCAAGUGCAUGGGACGAGUCCAGAUACGCGGUGUGCUGAAGGGCAGAAACACCUUUCUUCCCCAAAUGGCCGUGCAGAUACUAAGGGUUUAACAGAAGAUGAGAAGAAGGUUGUUAGACAUCAUGUCAAGGAAGGAUACACAGCAGUUCAUUUAGCCACGCACAAUGGCUACGCCUCCAUCAUCGAGACAUUAGUUUCUCGUGGCGCCGAUCUCAACAUCCAGUCUAUAGACGGACAGACUUGUCUUCACGAAGCCAUCAGACUUUUAGGUCGGGAGGACAGCAAAGUUGAAGCAACACCAGCACUCCAAAAGAUCUCAGAAGUCUUCUAUCAGAAUGAAUUGUCUCCCAGGAAGGCCCUGGUGUUCUAUCUCUUGGAUAACGGAGCAAAGCCGGACAUCAAGGAUAACCAAGGCAACCUGCCAGUCCACUAUGCCACGGAUGAAAUCACUCGCCAGAUGAUUUUCUCAAGGUAUCCUGCCAUGGACAUCAUCAGAGCUGAUCGAGACAAAUACCAUUGUGAAGGGAUCUUUGACCAUAAUGGAGGAGAGCUUCAGAUCCCGUCAUACGGAUUCACUCUUUCCAUCCCUCCCGGUGCGCUGCAAGAGGGUUCUAGUGAAACGAUCAGUUUAGAUGUUAUUAAAGACAUCCCACCUGAAAUCACCCUGAGGCACGACGAGACGCUCCUUACCUAUGGCUUCCAGUGUCUUCCGUCAGGAUUACAAUUUGUAUCAGAAAAACCUGUCACGUUGAAGAUUCCUCAUUGUGCCAACCUCAUUGAUCCGACAAAAGUGCAGGUCGUACUGUACUUCUGGAAUCACGGUAAAGCAGUGUGA